GACAUGCAGGCUCGCUACUCGGUGUCCAGUCCCAACUCCCUGGGAGUCGUGCCUUACCUCGGCGGGGAGCAGAGCUAUUACCGGGCCGCAGCGGGAGGGGGCUACACCGCCAUGCCGGCCCCUAUGAGCAUGUAUUCGCACCCGGCCCACGAGCAGUACCCGGCCGGCAUGGCCAGAGCCUACGGACCUUACACCCCGCAGCCGCAGCCCAAGGAUAUGGUGAAGCCCCCCUACAGCUACAUCGCCCUCAUCACCAUGGCCAUCCAGAACGCGCCGGACAAGAAGAUCACCCUGAACGGGAUCUACCAGUUCAUCAUGGAGCGCUUCCCCUUCUACCGGGACAACAAGCAGGGCUGGCAGAACAGCAUCCGCCACAACCUCUCGCUCAACGAGUGCUUCGUCAAGGUGCCCCGGGACGACAAGAAGCCCGGCAAGGGCAGCUACUGGACGCUGGACCCGGACUCCUACAACAUGUUCGAGAACGGCAGCUUCCUGCGGCGGAGGCGGCGCUUCAAGAAGAAAGACGCCGUCAAGGACAAGGAGGAGAAGGACCGGCUGCACCUCAAGGAGCAGCCCCAGCCCCGGCAGCACCCGCAGGCCGAGCAGGAGAGCGGCGGGGCUGGGGGCGCGGCGGGGAGCGGGGCCGGCUCGCAGCAGCCGCCGCCGGUCCGCAUCCAGGACAUUAAGACCGAGAACGGCACCUCGUCUCCCCCGCAGGCCGUCUCGCCUCCCGGCGGGGGAGCGGCGGCCCUCAGCAGCGCCGUGCCCAAGAUCGAGAGCCCGGACAGCAGCAGCAGCCUGUCCAGCGGCAGCAGCCCCCACAGCAGCCUCCCCUCCAGCCGCUCGCUCAGUCUGGAGGCGCCCGACCCGCAGCACCAGCCGCACCACAGCCAAGGCUUCAGCGUGGACAACAUCAUGACCUCCCUGCGGGGUUCGCCUCAGGGCGCCGGCGAGCUCAGCUCCAGCCUCCUCGCCGCCUCCGCCGCCUCCUCCUCCGCCACCUCGUCCCGGACCGGCAUCCCCCCCUCGGUGGCCCUCGGCAGCUACUCCCCGGGCCAGAGCUCCCUCUACAGCUCGCCCUGCAGCCAGGGCGCCAACCCGGGCAGCGGGGCCGCGGCCGGGGGCACCUACCACUGCAACAUGCAAGCCAUGAGCCUGUACGCCGCGGCCGCCGCCGCUGGGGGAGGCGAGCGGGCCGGCCACCUGGCCAGCAGCGGGGCCAGCCCGGUGGAAGACCCCUUGCCCGACUACACCAUGCCCAGCAGCAGCAGCGCCUCCUCGCUGAGCCACGGCAGCUUGAGCACGGCGGCCGGCCACCAGGAGGGGCACCACGCGCACCAAGGGCGCCUGGCCUCCUGGUACCUAAACCAAGCCACGGCGGCGGGAGACCUGGGCCACUUGGCCAGCGCCGCCGGCUACCCCGGCCAGCAGCAGAACUUCCACGCGGUGCGGGAGAUGUUCGAGUCCCAGCGGCUGGGCUUGAAUAACUCGCCGGUGAACGGGAAUAGCAGCAGCUGUCAGAUGGCCUUUCCCUCCGGCCAGUCUCUCUACCGCACCUCAGGGGCUUUCGUGUAUGACUGCAGCAAGUUCUGACCAAAACCGGUCCCAGCGGGCCCCCCACCCCACCCCGAACAAUACAGAAAAAAGGCCAAACUUCAAGCAAGGACUAGAUCUUUUCUUUAACAAACCAAGCCGCCUCCUGCAAGCAGCGAGCGAACUCUCACAUAGUUUGUACAGAGACAGCCAAAAAAAAAAAAAAA